AUGAGUCUACUAAGUUGGAAUAUGCACGGGCUUGGGAACCCGUCCACAUUCAAUGCCCUAAAGAAGUUACUAAGGGCACAAGAUCCCGACUUUGUCUUCCUAAUGGAGACAAAAAAGAAGAAGGCAGCUAUGGAACGAAUCUGUAAGUCUCUAGGAUAUGGGAGGUGUAAGGUGGUGGAUAGAACUGGAAAGCAGGGGGGUGGCUUGGUCUUUUGUUGGAAGGAUUCUUGGAAGGUGGAUGUGAUUGAUGCAACUGCGGGUUUCAUUGAUGUGUUGGUUGUCCUUGAAGGGAAACGGGUGAGAUUGACGGGGUUUUAUGGCCACCCAGAAACGGGGGAGAGACAUCACUCGUGGGAGGUGCUAAAGCGUCUUUCUCAAUUGUAUCCAUAUGGUGCAUGGUUUGUGUUCGGAGAUUUUAAUGAGAUUAUGAAUAUCGAAGAAAAAAGUGGGGGGAGAGUGAGACCAGCUUGUCAGAUGGAUAAAUUUACUCAAGCGAUUGAUGAAUGCUUACUACAGGGAAUCGAGUUCACGGGACCUCUGUUCACAUGGAGUAAUGGACGUGUGCAUGAAAGGUUAGACAGGGGAUUGAUGAACAAUGACGCGGCUGUGGCUUUUCCAAAAGUGCAUGAGUAUCACGUGGAGAUCAAGGAACAACGAUGUGGGGAUAUUGUGAAGGAGAUAUGGGAAAAUGAAGCAAACCAGGUGGAUAGUCUGGCUACCAAACUACAGAAGUGUGCAGAGGAGUUGUCCGUUUGGAAUAAGAAUGUAAUUGGACAUAUACCUAAGAAAUUAGCAACCUUGAAGGAUUCACUCAAGCAAUACCCUAUUGACGUUCAAAAUGAUGAAGAACGAAAGAAGCGGAGCUUAAUUAAAUCUGAAAUAGCAAAGAUUGCCGGGUAUGAAGAAACUAUGUGGAAGCAAAAAUCCAGGAUCAAUUGGUUACAGGAGGGUGACAGGAAUACAAAGUUCUUCCAUGCCUAUGCGAAAAGUAGGGGACGACAAAAUAAAGUUGCUGGGGUUUUUGAUGAACAAGGAAGAUGGUGUGAAGAUAUGCAGGAAGUUCAAGAUGCAUUUAUAUCUUUCUUUUCUCACUUAUAUUCUACUGGGGGCUGUGACAACCUCGAUUUAGUUCUGGAUAAAAUUCCCUGUCGUGUUUCGGAUGACGUGAAUACUAAGUUAAUGAAGAAGUUUGAAAGAUGGGAAAUCGAGCUCUCUUUGAAGCACAUGGCAGCACAAAAAUCACCGGGUCAUGAUGGUAUGUCUGCACUUUUUUUCAAAACAUAUUGGUCUAUUGUAGGGGAUUCGGUGUGUGAGUUUUGCCUUGGGGUACUUAAUGAGGGGAGGGGUCUUGAUACUUUCAACCACACUCUCAUCUCUCUCAUUCCGAAAUGCUUAUGCCCCAAGAGUGUGACUGAAUUUAGGCCCAUAAGUUUGUGCUCCAUUGUCUAUAAAUUAAUCUCGAAAACCGUAGCAAAUCGGCUCAAGAAGUAUUUACCGGAAAUUAUCUCCUAUACUCAAAGUGCUUUCGUUCCCGGGAGGAACAUCCAAGAUAACGUGAUUGCAGCUUUUGAGACAAUCCAUACGAUUAGAGUAGAGAAGCACACUGCGUCACCAAAGAUGGUACUCAAACUGGACAUUAGUAAAGCUUAUGAUAGGGUGGAGUGGGGUUUCCUGGAGAAAGUUAUGAUGAAGCUAGGGUUUUCGGAAAGUUGGGUGGAAUUAACUAUGAGGUGUGUGAAUUCCGUCUCUUUCUCGGUUUUAUGGAAGGGCAGACCGGCUGGAUUCUUCAGACCUACGAGAGGCAUACGACAAGGAGACCCCCUGUCUCCUUAUCUAUUUCUUUUGGUGACAGAGGGUUUAUCUGGUCUUCUCCACCAUGCAGAUUCAACAGAGCUGAUUCAUGGUGUUCGGGCUGCUCCUAGUGCACCUUCUAUUUCACAUCUUUUGUUCGCGGAUGAUAGUCUAUUAUUUGUUAGUGCUACAGUGGACGAAUGUGUCUCAUUGAAACAAUGUCUCCUCCUUUAUGAAUGCGCAGCCGGACAACAAAUUAAUUUCCAGAAAUCGGCUCUUUCGUUUGGCCUGAAUGUAUCUGAACAGAUGCAGGAGGAGAUUAAGGUGAUACUGGGUGUACCAGUGGUUGAACUCCAUGAGAAAUACCUUGGUUUACCAACAAAAAUUGGGAGAAAUAAGACAGAUGUCUUCAAGAAACUGAAUGAACGAUUAGAUGUGCACUUACAAGGUUGGCAAGGAAAGUUCCUCUCAAAAGCGGGUAAGCUUGUGUUAAUCAAAGCUGUGGCACAAGCUAUUCCCACUUAUUCCAUGAGUGUUUUCCAGUUACCGAUUGGUGUGUGCAAGAAAUUCCAAGCUAAGGUAAGUAAAUUUUGGUGGGGAAAGGGAGGUGGUACGAAAGGUGUUCACUGGUGCAGUUGGGAUAACCUCUGUAACAGGAAAGAAGAUGGAGGGCUAGGUUUUCGUGAUCUGAGAGCUUUUAACCAAGCGAUGCUGGCAAAAACGGUGUGGAGGAUUUUCUGGGGACAACAUUCAUUAGUUAGUGCUUUAUUACAGGCCAAAUAUUUCCCAGGUACGUGUUUUCUUAAUGCCAGCCUAGGGCGUACUCCUUCUGCCAUAUGGAGAGGGUUGAUGUGGGGAAAACAAGUGAUCGACAUGGGGACGAGAUGGAGGAUUGGAGAUGGGAGAAGAGUUAGUGUGUUAGCUGAUAAGUGGUUGCCUUGUCCGGUAAGCUUUAAAGUUGUGAGCCCAAUUCCUCUGACGACUCUAACGAUGCAACAUAAGGUCGAAUCCUUGUUCACAGAAACUGGAGCAUGGAAUGUUCCAUUGAUCCAAUCUAUGUUCCUUUCCCACGAGGCCGAGAUGAUCCUGGGCAUGCCUCUUGGUCUUAGAAAUGUCCCGGAUAAACUUGUCUGGCACUUUUCUAAGAAUGGGUCGUAUAGUGUGAAGUCUGGGUACUGGGUUGCUAGGGACAUGAUGCUUCGACAACGUGGUGACAUUGCAAGUUCCAGUACCAAUGAAUGUAAGAAGGUUUGGGAGAAAAUAUGGGGAGUUAAUGCACCACACAAAGUUAAAGUAUUUAUGUGGAGGGCAAUGAAAGGCUUCUUACCAUGUGCAGCCAACCUAAAACAAAAGAAGGUUCUGGAAGAUUCUAGAUGUUGGCAAUGUGGAUGGCAUAGUGAGUCGGUGAUGCAUGCUCUUUGGGACUGUCCGACAGCUAAGAAAACGUGGAAAAUGACCUUUCUCAAUGGAGUUUGCAAAAGGUGGCAGGUGCCUACUUUUCUUGACUUGGUACAUCACAUCUGUCCCACAGCCUCUGCAACUGAACUGGAAACUUUUUGUUUCACGGCCUGGUGGAUUUGGAGAAACAGGAACUUAACCAGGUUCGAGGAAAAGAAUUUGAAGCCUAUAGAGGUUGCACGGUUAGCUAUGGAGUGGCAGAAUGAGUUCGCAAAUUUGGGAGGGUUGAAACAUAAGUCGAUUCCAGAUAUGAUCCACGCCCAAGUUUGUUGGAAACCUCCACAGCUAGGGCACCUUAAAAUGAACUUUGAUGGGGCUCAUGAUGAAAAAAAUGGAGUUUGCGGACUGGGGGUUGUCUUCAGAGAUACUCAAGGAAAUUUGAAAGGUGCAAUGGCUGUCCCACAAAUUGGUAACAUCGCCCCAAGAUCCAUAGAAGCUUUGGCAUUGUUGCACGGACUCAGAUUUGCGCUUCAUGUUGGCUUCACAAGGAUUGAAGUUGAAGGAGAUGCCCUCUCAGUUAUCAACGCUUUGCAGGAAAGCUCAGAGGAUUAUAGUGCUGAGGGUCAUUUAAUUGACGAAGUUAAGUUUUUAUUUCAGUCUUUUACCAGUUGUAGUAGCCAUUUUGUCAAACGAGAAGGCAACAAGGUUGCUCAUCGUUUGGCAAAGGAGGCGUUGAAAAUUAGUCAACCGUUUCUUUGUCUGGAGUCGGGGCCUUGUUGGCUUCAUCAGUGUGUCAGUAUAGAUUUCCAGUGCGAAGUCUAA